AUGGCGACCACUCCCAUCAUCUGCAGCUCCGGCGCCGUUCCGUCGUCGUUACCACAGCCGUCGUCGGCCGCGGCGGAGCAGGACUGUCGCCGGCAGUACGCCCCGAGCGUGUGGGGCGACUUCUUCAUCACCCACCAGCUUUGCACGCCGGAAGAGCUCCUGUCCAUGCAGGAGAAGGCGUCGGCUAAGAAGGAGGAGGUGAGGCGGAUCGUGUUGGACGCCGCCGCCGCUUCCGGCAGCGACGGCCUGGUGCGGAAGCUGGAGCUCGUCGACGCGCUGCAGCGGCUCGGAGUGGACUACCACUACAAGGAGGAGAUCGAUGCGCUGCUGCGUGCGGUUCACGAGGACCACCAUGACCAUGGAGCUUCAGCUUCGUCGGAUGACCUCUACGUCACCUCGCUGAGGUUCUACCUGCUCAGGAAGCACGGGUACGCCGUCUCUUCCGAUGUGUUUGUGAAGUUUAGAGACGAGCAAGGAAACAAUUCCAGUGACGAUGUGAACACACUGAUGAUGCUGUACGACGCCGCGUAUAUGAGGACUCGUGGGGAGGACAUACUUGACAACAUCAUCGCUUUCAACAAGAGUCGUCUCCAGACCAUGAUGGAAAGCACAAAGCUGGAGCCGGAUCUGGCAGAGGAGGUGCGGAUCACGCUGGAGACGACUCGUUUCAGGAGAGCCGAGAGAGUGGAGGCCAGGCGCUUCAUCUCGGUGUACGAGAAGAAGGCGACACGAGACGACACCAUACUGGAGCUCGCAAAGCUGGACUACAACAUCGUGCAAGCUGUCUACUGCGACGAGUUGAAACAACUUUCAGUGUGGUGGAAGGAUGUCCGGUCACAGGUGGACAUGACGUUUUCAAGGGAUAGAUUGGUGGAGAUGUACUUUUGGAUGACGAUUAUUGUUUACGAGCCGUAUUACUCGUAUUCACGGAUAAUGCUUACAAAGCUGGCCCUAUACAUGGCUUUGAUGGAUGACAUCUAUGACAACUACAGCACCACAGAUGAGAGCAACAUCUUUACUACAGCCUUGAAAAGGUGGGAUGAGAAGGCAGCGGAGGAACAAAUCCCUGAACACCUGAGGCCCUUCUACAAGAGUGUAAUCCGUACUGCAGAUAAGAUUGUGGCCGAGUUGAAAGUUCAGAAUAACAAGAAUUCGGAGGUGGUAAGAGAAGUGAUGACUCACGUGGCCGAAUCCUACCAUGCUGAGGUCAAAUGGCGUGAUGAGCAGUACGUGCCUGCCGAUGUUGAUGAACACCUGCAAAUUUCAUUGGGAAGCAUUAUGGCUAUGCAAGUCGUUGUCCUUACCUUGGUUUCUCUGGGAGAUGUGACUACUAGGGAGAUCGUUGAUUGGGCAUUCACCUAUCCGAAAAUGAUCAGGGCAGUUACUGCUACGGCUCGUAUACUGAACGAUAUCAUGUCAUAUGAGCGAGAACAAGCUUCAGACCAUAUGGCAUCCACGGUGCAAACUUGCAUGAAGCAGUACGGGGUCACAGUUGAGGAAGCCAUUGAGAAGCUCAAGUUUACAUGUGAGGAGGCAUGGAUGGACAUCGUCCAAGGGUGCCUUGACCAGGGAUAUCCCAUGGCGAUUCUGAACAAGGUGGUCAGCGUUGGACGAUCACUAGAUUUCAUUUACAAGAGAGAAGAUUCAUACACCCUCCCAUCCAACCUCAAGGACACUAUAACUUCAUUGUACACGAAGCUCGUCGUUUGA